AUGGCGGUUUGGCUCCGCUGCUGCUGGAGCUCUCUUUGGAUUGUUGUCCUGCUAAGAGGCGUCUCAUCCGACCCGACGUCACAGACGCGACACACUCUCAGCCGAACUAAUGCCACCUUUGAUGAAGCUCUGAGGGGCUGCGCUCCAGGUGUUCUCGCCACCACAACCACAGAGCGGGAGGUCCAACAAAUUCUGGAGCUUCUCAACAGGUCGGUGCCGUUUCAGGAAGAGGUCACAGUCUGGAUCGGGCUCAGGAAGACGACGAAUGAAUGCGUUGAUCCGUCGCUGCCGCUGAGAGGAUUCAAAUGGGUAGAAAAUGGCGUGCAGGUGUCGAAGGUAAACAUCUGGAUGGAGGAGCCAAAACUCACUUGUACAGGGGUCAGAUGUGCAGCACUGAGGCGGUAUGUUGUCCAGUCCAAGGUUCAGCUGGGUCUGAUUGCUGUCACCUGCAGAACCCACUACCAGUACAUCUGCAAAGGGAAGAAAGAAGGGUCCUCGGAGAGCCUGCCGACCACCACCAGACCUGCUGCAACGAGUCCAGAACUGAAGCAAACCACACCCGACACAAGACCAGCAGCAUUCAACCCAAACCCAGCAACACCACGACCUAACCUUCCUUCACCUGGACCAGACACCGAGCCCAGUCCUGGCACUGGGCCCUGUCAGUACCCCAGCAUCAGCAGCAUUCGAGCCUUCAGUGUGGACUCCAUUAACAGCAGCAGGAUGCAGGUGGAGUGCUGGUCAGACGUCAAACUGGACCUGUUCUGUUCAGGUGGAGUUUGGCAAACCCUGGACGGCUCUCCAGCCAAUUUCAGCAGCAUCUGUCAAAAGUGUCCCGAAGGGUUUCAGAAAAAUGUUUCUGGACACUGCGUGGACAUCGAUGAGUGCGUCACAAGCAAACCCUGCAGGGACAUGUGCCUCAACACCGAAGGUUCCUACAGCUGCGUCUGCGCCGACGGCUCGGACCGGAACUCUUCCUGCACAGAUCCAGCACAAACCGGUGUCGAGAGCUCCAUGUUUUUCAUCCUGAUCCCAGUUCUGGCUGCGUUUGGAGCCGUGCUGGUGCUGGUGGCUGUGGUUGCAGUGACGGUGAAGUGUUUGAACAGGCGCAGGAAGAGGACAAAAAGAACAACCGACAAGGAGUCGUUUGAAACGACCAACGGAAAGGAAGCAACGUGAGAAAGGCAA